CUUCAAUUGGAUUGGUGGAUUCACAGAUACUAUUCAUCGAUUAUUGAAAAAUUGUAAUUUAGUACCUAUGCAUUUUAUAUUUUACAGUUUGACACCUAAAUUUUAAUUUUUAAUGGAAUAUACUAUUCGAAAAAAUAUGGUUUGGUAUUUACAAUGACAUUUUAGUAUCUAAAAUUUUCAAAAUGUACAUAAUUUUUCUAUAUUUUAAUUCAAUCCACCAGUCCAUUUGAUCCAAUCCAUUCGCAACAUAGAUAUUUACCAAGAAAAAUCAAAGUUUUUCCCGUAAAAGAUAGAGACAAACUCAUAAACUCCCACUUCCAUUUUCGAACUCAUCCAUCGUUUCUCAAAAAUAGGUUGGCUUUUCUCUUAUGAGUGACCUAUAACGUACCCUAACUUUCUAAAACCUUGCAACUCCUUCAUUUCACUUCACUUGUACACAUGUAUUUCCCAGACAAGAUUUGAUGGUGGAAAUGAAGUCGGCCUGCUCUAACAUUUCAAUCUCCAAAAGCAUAUAAGUCGAUGUGGAAUCCAUCUCAUCAGCGGGCACACAAGUAGUUAAUUUGACAGAGUGCUUAACUAAGCAAGUGCGCUUUAUCGUGCGGCUGCCUCUCCGAGCCAACGUCGCAAUCACAGUCCCUUUGCACGCCUACGUUCAGGUUAGGUUAGGAAUCCCCAAACCCUCCCCUACAGGCUAGGCUACAGCAUGCCAUUGGCCUAUGCCCCCUCCAAAAUUGUUUUGUGGUCCAAAACCAGAAGUUAAAGAAUAUAGAUUAGGAAUUAAAUUAAAUAUUAGACGAUUCAAAUUAGAUCACGUUUGUGUAGUCCAGGAUGAUAUGGUCUGCACCAUGCCAUGUGGAUCAUAUUGACGAAAAAAAUAAGAAGUUUGUUUAGUCAAGCACAUAAAUAAUCGGAGGAAAAAAAUAUAUUCUAUUUUGACCUUCAAACAUAAAUUCUAACACGCUUGUAUAGUUUUGAUACCAUAAAUGACAAAAACACAAAGUCAGGGCAAUCCAGCUUGCACCUUAACAUCAUAAUAUUAACAUGAUAUCGUAUGGGGACACGGUUGUCUCUACCCUCUGGCAGAGUAUGGUUUAUGAAUUAAGGGGUGGAUAGGAUUUACAAAAUUAGGAUUGAGACUUAGCUCGUUAAGGAGAGGGGAGAGUGGUCGAGUGAAUUGCUAACACAAAUUGAGAAGUGGGUAGGGUCCACGGUUUGGUAUGAUAAACCGUUGUCUUGACCAUACCAGAUCAAGAGAUCAAUACAUCCUAUAACAGAUACCAUUGGUCAGACUAGAUUAUUCUUAACGACCUAUAUAGUCUGGACCAAACUAUGUGAUCCAGUUUGGUCCACGGUUUUUCAAAUGGUCUGGUCUAUUUUCCAGGCCUAAUGGAUGCCACGUGUCACGAGAACCGUAGAUAUGCACAAGAGAGAACAAGGUACGAAUACUUGUUAAAAUUAUGUCGUGAGCUGAGUCGAGCUUAAUCUACGUUGAGCUAAGGUGUUAGAAAAUGAGUUGCGUUUGAGAUCAAUUCAUUUAUUAAAAUUUUGUCUCAAGCACAGUUCAAGCUCGACACAAACUCAGCUUAUUUAUGAGCUUACAAUCUCUCUAUAAUCUAUAAUACACAAUUUCUCUUUCAAAUUAUAAAUGAGACAUAUUUAGUCAUGUACGUACGACAUCAACCACCACUAGAUGCAAAUCCUUUAGUAUUAUUGGAGAUAUUAAUGAUUUGCAAACUCGUUUUGACCAGGUGGAAUUUUUUUAUGUGCCCCUUUGAAGUUUGUGUAGCUAUAAAUUUACAAAAUCUAAGAACUUCUAAAAGAUAGUUUACACGGUGUCUAAUCUCAAAGUUAGUUCAAUACUUAAUUUUGACAACGAGAAAAGUAAAUGCAAUAGCUAAAUGGUGGUUUGUCAUAUUUGUCCGCCAUAAAAUUUUGCCGAGUAAUUGUGAAGAACUAGUUGAUCCCGAUAACAUACUGUUUACUAACAUACCCUUCAAAUGAAGCCACCAUAUAUGGGGGUUAAAGUUUGCACAAGUUCAAACACAAUAUGCUUAUCAGAAUAGAUGAGGAUCAUCGGAAUUCAAACAUAAAACCUCUCAGUCACAGAAGGCUCUAAUACCAUGUCAAGAACCAGUUGGUCCUAAUAAUCGAGUUGUUGGGACCAACUCGGUUAUUGAGACCAACUGUUUCUUGACAUGGUAAUGGUGGCUUUCGUUUGAGAGGGUGUUUUAGUAAACAGUAUAAAAUCCACAAUUAAACCUCUUAGGAACUCGAAAUAUUGGGAUCAAUUGGUUCUUCAUAGUAAUACAACAAGGAAUUGGUUUGGUAACUUUGCUUAUAAUUCCCUAAUUCUUGGAACCAACUCUAAUUCAGCCAUAACAAAUAUUCAUCCUAAACUCAUCCAUUUUCUGCAUGUAAUUCUCUACCAAUUAACAGAUGACAAGGUCUCAACCUAUUACAAAUAGUCAAAUAUUCAUCUUCCUCGGUUUCCUUUUAUGCAUACCGUUAUGCAUCUACUACAAUCAAAUUAAUACACUAGGAGGUUGUUUGCCUCAUGGAAUUGGAAUGAUCGAUCAUCUUUCAACAAUCCAUCGGCCAAUGAGUCGUGCAACCCAAUUCCUAAUUUUCUAUCAUCAACCGAUUGAUUGAUGGGCAUGAGGAUUUUGAAAAUCCAAAGUUUCAAUGAAUUUGGAAGUCGUUGUGGGUUUUCUAUUCAGAAAUCCACUAUUUGGCUUCACAAUACCGUUAGUCUUACAAACAGUCUAGUUCUUUGCUAAAUCUUGGUGUUACGCUAACUACUGUAACUACACAGUGGAGGAAAGCAAGCUCCACCGCCAUUCACUGUACCGCCAACAAUGGCGAAAGUGACGGAAAGCAAGCUCCACCGCCAUUCACUGUACCGCCAACGCAUUCUCCGUUCCCCGUUAAAACGUUAUCUCUUUUCCCGCCACUACCUGCAGAAUCGAUCCACCACACGUAUCCUCGACCUCGUCAGCUAUUCUACGGCCAGUAAUUAAUUAAUGAAUACAACCACGUAAAAUUCCACUAUAUCCUAAUAGUGACACUAAUACAGCACCUGCCGAAAUUAUAUUCCGUUAUAAAAAAAAAAAGCCUUCGGUACGGCUGCCAGUGGAAAACAGGAAGGAAACAGACCCACACCACCAAACAUUCUCCUUCCAAAAACCCCUCCACUCCAGGGGUUUCUCUGUGCCCACAAUUCCACCAUGCAGAUUCCACUCCUGCUUUCCUGCCUGAUUCUCGCCGCUCAUCUGAACGGCGCCGUCUCCUCCCCGCCGCCGGAGUCCGUCAACAUCGGAGUGGUUCUCUCUUUCGGCUCCAUCAUUGGUAAAGUCUCCAAAAUCGCAAUCCAGGCAGCCGUCUCCGACGUCAACUCCGACCCCUCCGUUCUCCCCCGAACCAAGCUCGUUGCGGCGGUGCACGACACCAAUUUCAGCGGCUUUCUCGGCAUCGUCGAAGUAUUGAGGCUGAUGGAGAGCAAGACGGUGGCCGUAAUCGGCCCACAGUCGUCGGUCACAGCUCACGUGCUGUCGUUUAUCGCCAACGAGCUCCAGGUCCCGCUGCUCUCCUUCUCAGCCACCGACCCGACGCUGAACUCGCUCCAGUUCCCGUUCUUUGUCAUGACGUCGCAGAGCGACCUCUACCAGAUGGCCGCCAUCGCCGACAUCGUGGAGCACUACGGGUGGAGGGAGGUGAUCGCGAUCUACGGCGACGACGACCACGGCAGGAACGGGAUCGCGGCGCUCGGCGACCAGCUGGCGGCCAAGAGAUGCAAGAUCUCGUUCAAGGCGCCGCUCAGCCCCAAGGCCACGCGGGAGGAGAUCACCGAUGUCCUGGUCCAGGUCGCUUUGACCGAGUCGCGGAUUCUGGUCCUCCACGUGCCGGAUUAUUGGGGGCCGACGGUCUUCACCGUCGCCCGGUAUCUCGGGAUGAUGAACGCCGGCUACGUCUGGAUAGCCACCAAUUGGUUCUCCACGAUUCUCGACACCGAGCUUGAUCUUGCUCCCGAGGCGGCGGAGGAUGUGCAGGGCGUCCUCACGCUUCGCAUGCACACCCCGGAUACAGAGCUCAAGGCGGAGUUCGCGUCCAGGUGGCCUAACUUGACCGCCGGAGCCGGCGCCGGGAGGAUGGGGCUCAGUGCUUACGGCCUGUACGCUUACGACACGGUGUGGAUCCUGGCCCGGGCACUCGACGCGUUCUUCGCCCAGGGGGGAAAUGUCAGCUUUUCAAAGGAUUCCAGGUUAGCGGAGCUCGGGGGAGGAGACUUACGACUAGAUGCCAUGAGUAUGCUGGACGGCGGGAAACAGCUGCUGGAGAGCAUCUUAAACGUGGAUAUGUUGGGAGUGACGGGUCGGGUCAAGUUCGAGCCGCCAGAGAAGGACACCUUGAUUCGCCCCGCAUACGAAGUCAUCAAUGUGAUCGGGACAGGACAUCAGAGGAUCGGGUACUGGUCGAAUCACUCGGGUCUCUCCGUUGACCCGCCGGAAACGCUCUACUCGAAGCCGGUCAAUCGGUCAAGCUCGAACCAGCAUCUGGGACCCGUUUUCUGGCCCGGGAAGACUACCCAGAAGCCUCGGGGAUGGGUGUUCCCAAACAACGGGAGACAUUUGGCGAUCGGGGUUCCAAACCGGGUCAGCUACCGUGAAUUCAUCACUCAGGUACCCGGAACCGAUAUGUUUUCGGGGUACUGCAUCGACGUUUUCACGGCCGCCGUCAACCUGUUGCCGUACGCCGUGCCUUACAAGCUGAUCCCGUUUGGUGACGGAGUUGACAACCCCAGCUUGACGGAGCUCGUCCGUCUGAUGGCAGCGGGGGUUUAUGACGGCAUAGUCGGCGACGUUGCCAUCAUCACCAACCGGACGAAGAUGGCUGACUUUACGCAGCCGUACAUCGAGUCUGGGCUGGUGGUGGUGGCGCCGGUGAUGACGAGGACCUCUAAUGAGUGGGCGUUCAUGCGACCCUUCACUCCGGCAAUGUGGGUGGUCACGGGUGUCUUCUUCCUCAUCGUCGGGGCGGUGAUUUGGAUCUUGGAGCACCGGCUGAAUGACGACUUCAGAGGCCCGCCGAGAAGACAAGUCAUCACCAUUAUAUGGUUCAGCUUUUCAACAUUGUUCUUCGCUCAUAAAGAGAACACCGUGAGCACCCUGGGGCGGAUUGUGCUGAUCAUAUGGCUGUUCGUUGUUCUGAUAAUCAACUCAAGCUACACGGCCAGCCUGACCUCAAUCUUAACAGUGCAGCAGCUUUCUUCACCCAUCAAAGGAAUCGAGACCCUGAGAACUAGCAACGAUCCCAUUGGUUACCAACAAGGUUCAUUCGCCCGGGACUACUUGGUUGACGAACUUGGUUUCCAUGAAUCCAGGAUGGUCCCACUCAAGGGCCCCGAGGACUGCGAAAGGGCCCUGAAAGCUGGUCCUCACAAAGGCGGCGUUGCUGCUGUAGUCGACGAACAGUCAUAUCUCGAACUAUUCCUUUCAACCAGGUGCGACUUCAGUAUCGUAGGUCAAGAGUUCACCAAGAACGGCUGGGGAUUUGCCUUCCCGAGGGACUCUCCACUGGCAGUUGAUCUGUCCACUGCCAUUCUCAAGCUGUCCGAAAAUGGAGAUCUUCAGAGGAUUCAUGAUAAAUGGCUGAUGAGCAGCGCUUGUAGCUCGCAAACCACGACUUUUCAAGUAGACAGACUUCAGCUCUCAAGCUUCUGGGGACUCUUCCUCAUCUGUGGCUUGGCUUGCCUGAUAGCCCUCCUGCUAUAUUUUCUCAACAUUGCCAGACAGUUUAGCCGCCACCAGCAGGCAGACAUGUCCCACUCUUCUUCUUCUUCCUCCUCCGCUGCUCUCUCCCUCUCAUCAGCAUCUGCUCGUCUUCAGACUUUCUUUUCGUUCGUGGAUGAGAAAGAGGAGAAUGUUGCAAGCCGGUCCAGGAGGAGGUCGCUUGAAAGAGCAUCUAAUGGGGAGACUCAAGAUUCCAAGUCAGGAAGACAGGUUGAGUUCUCUACAAACAAGGACAUUGGUAUUGAGAACGGAGUCUAAGUCACGUUCUUCAUUACAGUUCACACAUCUAUACAAUUCAACUCAAAGCAGCCAGUGGAUAUAGGACAGUGCACAAGAUCGGA